AUUUAUUCCAAUCGUCUAUACUCCAAUGUCGACGUCUUCUGAGAGUGACAGAUUCUUCGCCCAGACUCGCUAAUUCACACAAAAUCAUCUCAGGAGGCCGAUGGAGCGCGUGAUUCUCAGCUAGACGAUAAGAGACAGGGUAGAGAGGUAGCAUGGCAUCAAGUUCAGUGAGUCAGGAAGAUGUCGAGGUAGACUUUGAGACCUCAUCUCGCCGAUCUCGUAUACGAACAGCAAGGGCUCGGAAUAUCAACCCAACAUCCCGGCCAGGUACAGGUGAGGCAGAUGAGGAAGGAGAGGGAAGUGACCGAGAUGUUGGAACAGGCGGUGGACUUUACCCUGGGGCUCCUGAUCAUGAUGCCAGCCCAAAGCCCGCCACGAGACUCAAGGAGAAGAGGAUGAACAGACCCAAUCACACAAACAAGGGAAAACAACAGCGUGACAGGCGAAAGCUGCGUGAGAAAAGACGUAGUACUGGAGUAGUCCAUCUGCCAUCUACAGAGUCGACAGGAGGGAGCACAGGAGAGGAUGAGGAACUACUUUCAAUGACAGCUGAGACCCGCAGGAACACUCAUUACAACGAACACCUGGAGAAGGAGAAAGCUGGCGAACACCACCACUCCGUCGUCUCUGGCCCUCCCUCCUUGCCCGACCACAAGCAUAAGAAGUCCUUCACGAGCCACAGAAAUAAAAGCCCGAGUGAUUUAGAAGCAGAUGACGAAGACAACCAAGACUACGACUCCCUGACAAUGAGCGACUCCACGCUGUCUCUCGUGCAGCCAGCCUCUGCAGCCUUACCAAACCUUCACUCUUCAAACAGCCUGCAGACGACUAGACCACCUGCAAAUGGAAGGCCUGCAACACCAACUACAGAGAGUGUAGAUGAGCUCCUGGAGAGUGCCCGUGAGGAAAAUCGGCGUCUCCUGGGCCUCCUUGAGGAGCGAGACAGGCGCAUCUCGUCACUUGAAUCUCGACUUUCGCAACUCACAGGGGAGUUAAGCCAGGCAUGUAAUGACCGCUCUAACUUGCGACAGGAAAACAAUGCCCUCAUACGGGCGAUUGCUUCACUCACCACAAAGUAACCUUGCGGCAGCUAUCACCACAUAACAUCGAGAAAUCCCCAUGUGCCAUGUCUCUGGCUGUUAGGUGAACUUAAGGUGGCAAUUGGUACUUAAGUAAAUACUUUGAGUAGGCUGUAGUUUGUGUACUGUAUCAUAGAUGCACAGAGGUAUUGUCCUCUUCCACUCUGGCAGCAUCUACAACUUGCUGGUGAUCUUGGUAGUCGAUGAUGCUGUUUAAUCUUUGAAUAUUGCUCACCAUUCUCACCCAGAGCUUUUAAGAAAGGAUACACGGUGAUCCAGUUAAUUGGUUGCUUGUGCUCAUUAAUUAUUGCUGUGCCAGAGAUAGAAUUAAAAAAAAAAAAAGGUGUUCUACAAAUGAUUUGCACUGCUUCAGCUACACCACAGAUAUGUAAUGUCAAGAACUCAGCCCAUGUUGUUGUGAGUAUGUGAAUGUAUUUAUAGGUGACUUACUUUUAUCCAUAUUUAUAAAACUAAACUUGUGUGUGUGUUUUCUGUAACGUGUUUGAAUAUAAAGAUGGUAUGAAUUUUAUACAUGCUCUUACAGACAUACAAACAUACCAACAUGAAAGUACACAAGCACAAACAGAAUAGAUACCUUAUGCAGUAUGUAAUAGUUAGUGUGUAUUUAUGAAUGAUAAUAUUUGUAUGUGUGUAUGCUUGUUGUAAAUUAGUUCAUUUCGGUUUCCAAGAGUUUAUAUUGGAAUGUAAAAAUGAUAAGAAGAAUAUAUAUAUUUUUCAAGGAUUUAUUUUAAAGUUUGAAAUUCUACAUUUUAUAAAUUUUGUGUAAACCUCUUUGGUAACUGUGCAUUCAGUUUUCUGUAUCAGAGAAUUUAAUGGGAAUAGAACUACCUGUUUGCAAUGUGUGUUUGUUUAUACACACAUGUGUUUAUGAGCAUAUUGUAGAAUACUGUUCAGUGUGAUUAUGCAGCAAGAAUCUGACCGAACUCAUGAAAUCCCACAUUUAACUGCUUGCAUUAUAUCUGUGGUGAAAUGAACAGUCUGGAGAAGAUGGGAGCCUUCUUCAGCCUCCCUUGUCAUCUAUUUAUUUUUGAUUUAUUCUUUUAGAGCAUUUUCAGAUAUUUUUUUUAUCAGUGUCUCAUCUGGUACUUCAGAUGAUUAGUUGUACUUUUUUUCCAUUAAUACGAUGGUGAUUAUUACAACCAAGGUUGUUCUGAACAUGGGAGUCUUCAAAGACCACUUA